AUUGUUAUCAUUGUUUGAUAUCAUUCAUUCCAUUCUUUCUUUGAAUGCUUCUCCCUCCAUACCCUUCUGCCAUUACAACAUCAACAACAUUAACACCAUCCUUUUUCUCUCUCUUCUUCAUUUCCAAUGCUGAAACUUGCAGGGUUCAUAGACACUGACCCAAUUGAAUUCCCGCAAGAGAAUUGAAGAAAAAACCAUCAAGUGAGGAUCUUUUGAAGGCACGGAUCGCGUGAGAAGGAAGAGGGAAAAUGGGUGCGUAUAGAGCGGACGAUGAUUACGACUACUUGUUCAAGGUGGUGUUGAUCGGAGACUCCGGCGUUGGGAAAUCGAACCUCUUGUCUCGAUUCACGAAGAACGAAUUCAGUUUGGAAUCUAAAUCCACCAUUGGCGUUGAAUUCGCCACCCGCAGCAUCCACGUCGAUGACAAGAUCGUAAAGGCGCAAAUUUGGGACACCGCGGGCCAAGAAAGAUAUCGUGCAAUCACAAGCGCGUAUUAUCGAGGGGCCGUUGGAGCAUUGCUUGUGUAUGAUGUUACCAGACAUGUGACUUUUGAAAACGUGGAGAGAUGGUUAAAGGAGCUUCGUGAUCACACAGAUGCAAACAUUGUAAUCAUGCUGGUAGGGAACAAGGCGGAUCUGCGCCACCUACGAGCGGUGGCGACGGACGACGCGAAGGCAUUCGCCGAGCGAGAAAACACAUUCUUCAUGGAAACAUCUGCUCUUGAGUCGUUGAAUGUUGACAAUGCCUUCACAGAAGUUCUGACUCAGAUAUAUCGUGUUGUUAGUAGGAAGACUCUUGAGAUUGGAGAUGACCCUGCAGCGUUGCCUAAGGGCCAGACCAUCAAUGUUGGCUCCAAGGAUGAUGUCUCAGCUGUCAAAAAGGCUGGAUGCUGCUCUGCAUAAUUUCACAACCCUUUUGCACCACAAUGCUAUAUCUAUUUCUGCAUGAUGAUUCAACCAACCAAGUGAAAGCUACUUACACUUAUCUUUUUAUGUAAUUUCUCCCUCAUAUCUUGCCAAGUUUGUUGUUUUCUUUUUUCUCUCUUUUCUUUUCAUGUAAGCAUGGUUUGUUCAUAGGAAUGAUGUCAUGUUGCCCUUAGAUAUACACAGAAUUUGCUGUUUUGUAUUGAGUGAAAGCUACAUCUGGUUCUUAGAUUGAUUGAUUGAUUCAGAAUCUGUUACAAUCUCA